UUCUCCGAAACACCACCGAGACAAGAAACACAGAAAUCAAACCCAGAAAAAAAGUGUUUUUUUUUGUGUUGUUCCUCCUAGAAGGAUCGGUCUUCCUGUUCUUCGACACCAUGAGUCUUCUAUCUGAUCUCAUUAACCUCAAUCUCUCGGACUCCACUGAGAAAAUCAUCGCUGAGUACAUAUGGGUUGGCGGCUCAGGAAUGGACAUGAGAAGCAAGGCCAGGACUCUCCCUGGACCUGUGAGUGAUCCAUCGCAGCUGCCGAAAUGGAACUACGAUGGUUCAAGCACAGGACAAGCUCCUGGCGAAGACAGUGAAGUGAUCUUAUACCCUCAAGCUAUUUUCAGAGACCCGUUUCGCCGGGGCAACAACAUUCUUGUCAUGUGUGAUACUUACACUCCUGCUGGGGAGCCGAUUCCCACAAACAAGAGAAAUGCCGCGGCCAAGAUCUUCAGCCACCCCGAUGUUGUGGCCGAGGAGACAUGGUAUGGUAUUGAGCAGGAGUACACCUUGCUGCAGAAGGAUGUGAACUGGCCUCUCGGAUGGCCCAUAGGCGGAUUCCCAGGCCCUCAGGGACCAUACUACUGUGCUGUUGGAGCCGACAAGUCUUUUGGAAGAGACAUUGUGGAUUCUCACUACAAGGCUUGCCUUUACGCCGGAAUCAACAUCAGUGGCAUCAAUGGCGAAGUCAUGCCCGGUCAGUGGGAGUUCCAAGUUGGCCCUUCUGUCGGGAUCUCGGCUGGUGAUGAACUCUGGGUCGCUCGUUACAUUUUGGAGAGGAUUACAGAGAUUGCUGGAGUGGUGCUGUCUUUCGACCCGAAACCGAUACCAGGAGACUGGAAUGGAGCUGGAGCUCACACCAAUUACAGUACAAAGUCGAUGAGGGAGGAAGGAGGGUACGAGGUUAUCAAGAAGGCAAUCGAGAAGCUGGGACUGAGACACAAAGAUCACAUUGCGGCGUAUGGAGAAGGAAACGAGCGGCGGCUCACCGGACGCCACGAGACAGCGGAUAUCAACACCUUCCUCUGGGGUGUGGCGAAUAGAGGGGCAUCGAUCCGGGUAGGACGUGACACCGAGAAGGCCGGGAAAGGGUACUUCGAGGACAGGAGGCCGGCGUCGAACAUGGAUCCGUACGUUGUUACUUCCAUGAUUGCAGAGACCACAAUCCUCUUGAACCCAUGAAUUUCCUCUCCUUUGGGUCAUGGGCAGAGAAAAAAAUAAAACCGGAGAUCUAUUACAUGGAUGAUGCUUUGAUCUGGUGGUGGUUUUUUCUUCUGGUGAUGUCUUGUGUAUGUGUCUUUCUUGCAGUUUCUUUGCUUCUGCUUCUUCAUUCUUGUUUCCCCCAUUGAAAACCUGUCUUUGUACUGAUUCACCGUUUUAAGACAAGGGUUUAUUUCCCGAUAAUAAAACUGGCGUUUUAUUUUUA